CAUCGCGAGACUUGCCGCUAGCAGAGAUGUUAGCUAAGGAGGGUUUAUUGUGACCGUCCAGUCGUCUCGCCUGACAUUUUGCCGCAAAGCAAACUGAACCGAAAUACGACGUAAAUCAAAGGAACGGUAACGACAACGAUGUAGUCGUUCACCAUUCGUUUUUAAUUAUUAUCCGUCUGUCGAGUCGGCGUGUGUCCUGCUAACGUUUAGCAUUAUUUUCUGUUUUUUCCCUCGCCGCACCCUCCAUACUCGUUUAUUUAAUUGUGGUGCUCGCUAGCGACGGUUUGCUCGCAGCAGCAGGUGUAACGCUGUUUUUUUUGUGGGGGGGGGGGGAGAAGCGACCAGCGAGAAGGCUUUAGAAGGCGUCGCCAUUGUCACUAAAUUCCUGAGAAGCUUAAUUAUUUAUUUAUUUUAAAUCAAAGUUGAAUUAAUUAAUGCAAGAAGUAACCGUAAGUUAGCGCAAUACGGUUUAUUUGGCGUCACCAUGACGGGGGAGAAGAUACGCGCCGUCCGGAAGGACCACAACAAACCGAACAAGAACGAGGAGAUCACGGACGCGUACGACGAGACCUCCAACGGGACCAUCCCGAACGGGACCGGCAACCACUGCAAGUCCAACAAGGUUUUUCAGAAAGCUGCCAAAACCUCGACUCUGCUACUACAACAACAACAACAACAACACAACGCGAACAACAUCAACGGAAACCCCUCCUCGGUCGACACCGUCGCCACCGACAGCAACCAGAACCCGAUCAUCCUGACGAGCGAGGACUUGGCGUUCCCCGUCCACGAGUGCGUGUUCAAGGGGGAUGUGCGUCUGCUGUCCUCUCUCAUCAGGACCCACAGCAUCACUCAGAAAGAUGUGCACGGGAACACACCUCUUCACCUGGCUGUGAUGAUGGGCCACAAAGAAUGCGCCCUCCUCCUGCUGGCUCACAACGCUCCCGUAAAGAUAAAGAAUGCCCAGGGGUGGAGCCCUCUGGCAGAAGCCAUCAGCUAUGGCGACCGGCAAAUGAUCACAGCAAUCCUGAGGAAGUUGAAGCAGCAGUCCAGGGAGAGCGUGGAGGACAAGAGGCCGAAGUUACUGAACGCUCUGAAGGAGCUCGGCGACUUCUAUCUGGAGCUGCACUGGGACUUUCAGAGCUGGGUGCCUCUGCUGUCCCGGAUGCUUCCAUCUGAUGCCUGUAAGAUCUACAAGCAGGGGCUUAACAUCAGGCUCGACACCACUCUCAUAGACUUCACUGACAUGAAGUGUCAGCGCGGGGACCUCAGCUUCAUUUUCAACGGCGAGGCCGAGCCCUCCCAGUCCUUUGUGGUUCUGGACAACGAAGCAAAAGUGUACCAAAGAAUACACCACGAGGAGUCGGAGAUGGAGACCGAGGAGGAGGUGGACAUCCUGAUGAGCAGUGACGUCUACUCCGCGACGCUGUCCACCAAGUCCAUCUCCUUCUCCCGCAGUCAGAUGGGCUGGCUGUUCAGGGAGGACAAGACGGAGAGGAUCGGGAACUUCCUGGCCGACUUCUACGCCGUGAACGGCCUGGUGCUGGAGUCCCGGAAGCGGCGGGAGCACCUGAGCGAGGAGGACAUCUCGAGGAACAAAGCCAUCAUGGAGAGCUUGAGCAAAGGCGGCAGCAUCAGCGAGCAGAACUUUGAGCCCGUGAGACGGCAGUCCCUCACAGCGCCCGCCCCCAACACCAUUUCUUGGGAGGAGUACAUCACCGCGGAGCAAGGGAAGCCGCCUCAUCUCGGCAGAGAGCUCGUGUGUAAAGAAAGCAAGAAGAACUUCAAAGCCAACGUAGCCAUGAGCCAGGACUUCCCUCUGGGCAUCGAGUCGUUACUCAACGUGCUGGAGGUCAUCGCCCCGUUCAAGCACUUCAACAAACUCCGGGAGUUCGUGCAGAUGAAGCUUCCUCCGGGGUUCCCCGUCAAACUGGACAUCCCCGUCUUCCCCACGAUCACGGCCACCGUCACUUUUCAGGAAUUCCGCUACGAUAAAUUCGAAGAGUCUACUUUCGUCAUCCCGGCCGAAUACAAAGAAGAUCCCAGUCGCUUCCCCGACCUCUGACCUGGAAACGCAGCCGACACAGACAGCUUAUCUGUUUGAGGGGCGGAAGAGGAGGAAUCCUGCAUUGUUUUAUUACUAUAUAUAUAUUAUCCGUUUUAAGGGAACUGGUUUUAUUGAUCGGUUAAUUUUUGCUGGUGGAUCCAAAGCGAAUCGAUGCAAACGGAUUGUUACAGAGCAGCCAUCUCUCAUAUAGAAAUGCAUAUCGGCAGUUCCUUGUGAAAUGAGCGACAGCUUCCAUCACUGAGCGGUACGACGAGCUGCCAGAAGACUCUUCAUCACUAUUUUAAUAUCUACUCUUAUCUUCUCAUCUCCAAGGACCGAUGACCGAACUCUCAUUCUGCACUGACACCGGCAUCUGUAAAAAAAAAAAAUAUUCACAUCUCAUCUAACACAAUAUAGCUAUAUCCUCAAACUGAGCUUAAUAUUCAUUUAUAAUUAUGUACUAUAUAUAGAUAUCUAUGUGUGUGUAUAUAUACAAACUGAAAAGGAGUGAAACACUGUAGCAAUACAUUUCCAGUACACAAGAAUGUUUUUAUUCAGCAUAAAAACCCCAAACGGUUGGCUAUCCCGGCCGUUUGGGCGACAUCCUGCGUCUUCAGGUCCGCUCUCGUCGCCUCUCGGCCGCCACGUGUUCCUCGUGAAGGUAUGAAACCUGCUCGGUGCGAGGGAUCACUGUACCGAGGGUUUGUUCUAUGGGAUAUCAGGUAAAGUGUUCAUACUGCACUGAUAUUUAAGUAUAUUUAAGGCAUGCUAUGGCUGCGUUGGCGACUGGUUCACGUGCAUCUUUCAGCUCUGUUGGUUUAAGGUUAAAAAGGAGAGAUGCUGAAACUGUUAAAACUCCCUUUUUGUGCUUAAAGAUCUCUCCUCGAUGGUAGUCUGCGCAUAUUUCUCUUGUUUUUCUUUUUAAGUAAACUAAACUGUGAUGUUGAUAUUGCUGGAUGUCCUCAAAAUGUCCGGAUGGGAUCUAAUGUGAUGCAUCGAGUUGCCUCUCGCUUCAGUUUACAUGUACUGCAACCAUACCUACUUCACUUCCCUUUAAAUAAAGCACCAGCAUCAUGUUUAAA